UUUCAGUUGGAUCUCUGUGUUCACCUACAUGUUUUUCUGUUUUGCUAGAACCAACCUGCGAUCAAAAAACACAGCGGUAUAUACCAAUGGCUUGAACUCACAAUCUGCGUAUAUCGUCACAGCGCAAUCGCUUCAUUAAUAUUAAUAUCACGGUGCGCUGACGUAAUCCGUAAUCUGUUGGUGUUUAGGUUGGUACAGCAUGAAAAACAUCUACACGUUGCUUGACUAGAGUAAAACAGUGUAUAUUCGGAAAGGCGUUCAUCUUGCGCAGAUCUCAGACCCAAAUGGAUCCGUGGGCGACGCGGCUCUCAGGAAACUGCAAGGCGAGUCCGCAGGCGCUUCUCUGCUGUCCGGGCAGCAGCAUUGGAAUGAUGCUGUCAAAAAAAUUAGGUGUCAAAAAUGGCAAGAAAAUCAAGAAUCGAGCCAACAGAAAUACGAAAGCCAACAAAAUCUCUCCGUACUUACCCCCAGAGGCUGAAGAGGGCAACGUGGAGUACAAGCUGAAGUUGGUGAACCCGACCCAGUACCGCUUUGAGCACCUGGUGACGCAGAUGAAAUGGAGACUGCAGGAAGGCCGUGGCGAGGCUGUCUACCAGAUCGGCGUGGAGGACAACGGCAUGCUGGUGGGGCUGUCCGACGACGACCUGAAGGCCUCGCUCAAGACGCUGCGCAGGAUGGCUGAGAAGGUCGGUGCUGAUAUCACUGUUCUCAGAGAGAGAGAGGUAGACUAUGGCUAUGACGUCUCCAAAAAAAUUGCGGAAGUUCUGGUGAGGAGAGUCCCAGACAACCAGCAGUUCCUGGACUUGCGAGUGGCAGUUCUGGGUAAUGUGGAUGCUGGGAAGUCUACACUGUUGGGUGUGCUGACCCAAGGAGAGCUGGACAAUGGCAGGGGACGUGCACGCCUCAACCUCUUCCGGCAUCUUCAUGAGAUCCAGACUGGCAGGACGUCCAGCAUCAGCUUUGAAAUACUGGGAUUCAACAGCAAGGGGGAGGUGGUAAAUUACAGUGGUUCUCGCACAGCAGAGGAGAUAUGUGAGAGUUCCUCGAAAAUGAUCACCUUCAUUGAUCUGGCUGGACACCACAAAUACCUGAAGACCACCAUUUUCGGCCUCACCAGCUACUGCCCGGACUUUGCUAUGGUGGUGGUUGGCGCAAACACAGGCAUUGCGGGCACGACUCGGGAGCACCUGGGCCUGGCCAUGGCGCUGAAGGUGCCCAUCUUUAUCGUGGUGAGCAAGGUGGACCUGUGCGCCAGAAGCACGGUGGAGCGCACGGUGAGGCAGCUGGAGCGCUUUCUCAAGCUGCCCGGCUGCAACAAGGUGCCCGUGGUGGUGUCCAGCACGGAUGAUGCCGUCACCGCCGCCCAGAAGUUCGCCCAGUCGCCCAGCAUCACGCCCAUCUUCACUGUGUCAAGUGUGUCGGGGCACAGCUUGGACCUUCUCAAGGUCUUCUUCAACAUCCUGCCGCCCCUCAGCAACAGCAAGGAGCAGGAGGAGCUCAUGCAGCAGCUUACAGAGUUCCAGGUGGAUGAGAUUUACACGGUUCCUGAAGUGGGGACAGUGGUAGGAGGCACCCUCUACAGCGGGAUCUGCCGGGAGGGCGAGCGCCUGGUGGUGGGCCCCACGGACCAGGGAGACUUUCUGGACCUGACGGUAUGCAGCAUCCAGAGGAACCGGUCAGCGUGCAGGGUCCUGCGAGCUGGCCAGGCUGCCACGCUGGCGCUGGGAAGUUUCGACCGCUCACUGCUUCGAAAGGGCAUGGUGAUGGUGAGCCCGGAGAUGGAGCCCACCAUCUGCUGGCUGUUCGAGGCCGAGAUCGUCCUUCUUUUCCACGCCAAGACCUUUCGCAAAGGCUUCCAGGUGACGGUGCACGUGGGGAACGUGAGACAGACGGCUGUGGUGGAAGCCCUUAAGGGCAAGGAAGAGCUGCGCACUGGGGAGAAGGCAGUGGUUCGCUUCCGGUUCAUCAAACACCCAGAGUACCUAAAGGUGGGGGCCAAGCUGCUCUUCCGGGAGGGUGUGACCAAGGGCAUCGGGCACGUCACGUACCUGCAGUCCGUCUCUCCCAGUCAGCUCCGAUUAUAGACCCAGCAGAACCUGUUAACUGGUUAACAGUCUGAGUGUUAGAUAAUGUUUUAUCCUUCAGUACCAGCCCCGUGCAGCAGAGGGCAGCUGUGUGCUCAUUCCCAUUAACUUUGACUUUAUUACUAGAGCCACAGCUUUAGUGUAGAAACCCAGCUUAGCUGACCUCAUCCCAUUAGGCAAAAUAAGCUGCUAUAUGUACUCAUGGAGGAUUAGGAUUUUGAUGUGGUCUAGUGGCUCCUGUCCUUAUUUUAAAAAAAGAGUGUUCUUCAUGAUGGGAGUGCAUCUUGUGACAUCUUCAUCAAUCAAUGACUGUAAGGUGUUUUCGAGUUAUUUCUGGGAGUAUAGUUGACCGUGAACAUCACCAAACCUUUCAGUGAAGUUCAGAGGGAUUUUUCUUGGUAAAAAACUGCUUGAAAUGUCCGUGAAAUAAGCAUUAGAAUCGCCUAGCUGACUUAGCUCUUGUUUGAAGAAAAAAAACAUCUAAAUAGUGCUACUAGUGCCUGUUGUUUUUUAUGGCUUGGACAUCAUUGUUUUUGCCUUGGGUUACUGGUGUAGCCUUGACCAGUGUUUCCCACCUGGGUCCUUGAAGACCCCCAGAUUGUCCAUGUUUUUGCUCCCACAAAGCUCCCAGUAGGGAACAAAAACAUGGACUAUCUGGGGGUCCCCAAGGACUAGGUUGGGAAACACAGGCUAGACUGGUUUAUAUGAGCUUCUGAUUGACUAGGUGUGGGACUUGCUGUGGUUUUUUUCCUUCUCUGGUCCAUGGUCAGACGCGUAACAGCCCGUGGUGGAUGGGUGCAGAGACUAAGUGUUCCUUGUAUGUCAUACCGUGUUCAUGCUCAUUUGAACAUGGUGGUUUGUAGCCUGAGACCUUGCUCAUGCAUAAUCGCUUUAUACAUUUAACAGAUGUGAUGUGGACAAGCAUGCCAAACCAGUACAAAUGCUGUAUGGUGCCACUGCAGAAUAUACUUUUAAUUUCAAGAAGGAGGAAAUACACUUUAAUAUUAUAUAAAUUCUAACUAUAUGUAUAAAAUGUGGCUAUAGAGAUGUUUGAUUUGUACGUUGUCUGAGGCUAAUAAAGACUGACUAUUAUCCUGUACAGGAUAAGCGUUUGGAUGAUGGAAGACUGUAUGAAAUCUCUAUUUGAAUAAAUCAUGAGUCUGGUUAUA